AUGACGGGGCCGGACCUGUGCAAGAACUGCCACCACCUGAUUGCGCGCCAUGAGUACACCUUCAGCGUGGUGGAUGACUACCAGGAGUACACCAUGCUGUGCCUGCUCUGCGGCCGAGCCGAGGACUCCAUCAGCAUCCUGCCCGACGACCCGCGCCAGAUGACCCCGCUCUUCUGA